CAAAUUCCCCCCCCCCAUUCCCUCCCUCCCUCCUUCCCGUCCCUUCCCCCGUCCCCCUCCCGCGCGGCAGCAGUGGCAGCGGCGGCCCCCCCGCGCCCCCCCCGGGAAGCGCGGCUCCGCGCGCGCGGGCGGGCGGCAGGCUGAAGGUGGCCCAUUCUGAGACUAAUUCAAUAAUCAUUUGCUUAGAAAACUUCCUGCAUUGUUCAUGGAGUUUUUCAUCAGUAUGUCUGAAACCAUUAAAUAUAAUGACGACGAUCACAAAACUGUGUUCCUGAAAACAUUGAAUGAACAACGUUUGGAAGGAGAAUUUUGUGACAUCGCUAUUGUGGUUGAAGAUGUUAAGUUCAGAGCCCAUAGGUGCGUGCUUGCUGCCUGCAGUACCUACUUCAAAAAGCUUUUCAAAAAACUUGAAGUUGAUAGUUCAUCAGUAAUAGAAAUAGAUUUUCUUCGUUCUGAUAUUUUUGAGGAAGUUCUCAAUUACAUGUAUACCGCAAAGAUUUCUGUUAAAAAAGAAGAUGUAAACUUGAUGAUGUCUUCAGGCCAGAUCCUUGGUAUUCGGUUUCUUGAUAAACUCUGCUCUCAAAAACGUGAUGUAUCUAGUCCUGAAGAAAACACACAGUCCAAGAGCAAGUACUGUCUAAAAAUGAACCGUUCUAUGGGGGAACCGAAUGAUACCCAAGAUGAUGAGGUGGAAGAGAUUGGAGAUCAUGACGACAGUCCAUCAGACGUGACAGUGGAAGGCACUCCCCCAAGUCAGGAAGAUGGUAAAUCACCAACCACUACCCUGAGAGUGCAAGAGGCAAUUCUGAAGGAGUUGGGAAGUGAAGAAGUUAGAAAAGUAAAUUGCUAUGGCCAAGAAGUAGAGCCUAUGGAAACAACAGAGUCUAAAGACUUAGGAUCUCAGACUCCUCAGGCACUCACAUUUAAUGAUGGCAUAAGUGAAGUGAAAGACGAACAGACACCAGGAUGGACCACAGCAGCCGGGGAUAUGAAGUUUGAGUACUUGCUUUAUGGUCACAGGGAACACAUUGUGUGUCAGGCUUGUGGCAAGACCUUUUCUGAUGAAGCACGUUUGAGAAAACAUGAAAAACUACACACUGCAGACAGACCAUUUGUUUGUGAAAUGUGUACAAAGGGCUUCACCACACAAGCUCAUUUGAAAGAACACUUGAAAAUACACACGGGUUACAAGCCUUACAGUUGUGAAGUGUGUGGGAAGUCUUUUAUUCGCGCACCAGAUCUAAAAAAGCAUGAAAGAGUUCACAGUAAUGAGAGGCCAUUUGCAUGCCAUAUGUGUGAUAAAGCUUUCAAGCACAAGUCCCACCUCAAAGACCACGAAAGAAGGCACCGAGGAGAGAAACCUUUUGUCUGCAGUUCCUGCACUAAAGCAUUUGCUAAGGCAUCUGACCUAAAAAGGCAUGAAAACAAUAUGCACAGUGAAAGAAAGCAAGUUACAGCAGCCAAUUCCAUCCAGAGUGAAACAGAACAGUUGCAGGCAGCAGCCAUGGCUGCUGAAGCAGAGCAGCAAUUAGAAACUAUAGCCUGUAGUUAAAAACUAAAGCAGGAACUGUAUCAGAAAUAAUAUAAGAAAUGAAAUGGCGCAAAAUCUGUUGUUGAUAUACAUUUAGACUGAGAAUCUUUUCAAGAAAGCAUAUUUUUAGAGGAUUUGAAUGUUACAUAGGAAUACAUAGCAUCGCUUGGUUCUUGGUUAGGAUUUUAAAACAUUUCAGAUGGGUAUUCUUAGAAUGUGAAACAGUUUCACUGUCACUAGCAGUAUAAUGCACUAAUAACUGCUUUAAUUCAAGAAUGUGAUCAAGUUCUCUAUAGCAGGGAUCAUCACUGGCCGAUACUUUGCUUCAUCCCAUAUGGAAUACUGAAUACAAUGUAAACAUUGCAAUCAGUGAGAAUCAGUGAGUUAUGUUUGAAAACACUGAGAUCUCAAAAAUCACAAACAUGGAAAGGAUUUGGUUUUCAUAAUUCUUAGGUGUUGUACUUACAAUUUUUUUGAGAAGCACACAUUGAGUUCCUAAGCUUUUUAAUUCCUCCUUUUUUCACCUAAUGUAGGUUGGUACAACAGAGUGUAAAGGAGGAUGGUAAUCAAAAUGAAAUUGCUUCUUAUUCCAUUCCCUCAGAUAUCCUCCUAUUUUUAUAAACGUGGCAAGUUUUAAUAAAAUACUUGCUUUCUUGAAAAAAACUCCAUUAUUCACAGGGAUUCUGGCUGGCAAAGCAGAAGUGUCAUGGCAUCCACCAGUCCCUUCUGUGGGCAAAAAUGUCUGCCUCAUUUGUUUUUAUGUUCACUUUUAUACAGGGCCCCAGAGGUGGGACUGGGCCACAAAGGAAAAAGGGUGGAGCAUGGAGGUGACACGCUCCUUACUCAAACGCAGUAAAAAUCAGUAAUAGCUAAUACAGCCUGAGGUGUUUUUUUAUUAUGCAACUUUCAGGUCACCUAACCUAGCACAGUGAAGGCAGAGGAAUAUCUGCAAUGAGCAGGUGACCAGGUGUCACUGCCAGACUCCUGAAGCUGCAGCCAAGGGUGUCACAUACCUGCCCUCAGCUCAGCUGAGGCUUGUGCUGUGGCUGAUCAUACAGCUCAUAGGUCCUGUUGAAAUUUAAAAGGUUCCACCUUUUGACACAUCACCCCUCAUCAAGGGGGAGACUUCAGUGAAUGAGUUCUUUAAGAAUUGAUCCUGAGUGAGUGUUCACUAUUAGUCAGUUGCUUAGUCUAUUUCUUUUAAAACCAGCUGGGGUGCAUACUGAUAACAAUAGUCAACUCACAGAGUCAAGAAAAUAAGUGGUCUUUGAAUUGCAGCCUGCUACUUGUGGUCAUCAAGAGAAGACACAAUAACAGUGGCAAUGUAAUCCAAAGGUAUAUUGACUCUUUAUUUUAAAUUUGUAAAUACUACAACUGUUGUGAAAACUUCAUUUGAAGUUGGAAUGGGCAAAAAACACACUCGGGCACAUGGUUGGUAACAUUGGUCACUUGCGAUACCCAUAGCAUAUCAAAGUGUUAGACCAGUUUCUGAUAAGUUACUGUGUGGUAGAUCACAUCUUGCUUUUCUAAAUAGAAAUUUAAAAUAGUGUUUUUGGAACUGUUAUGUGGAACUUCAAUUAUUGAGGGUUUUUUAUUUGGUUGAGUUUUUUUUUUUUUUACAGCUUCCUUUUAUUCAUGAAUUCAUCAGGUUAAGCAGUUAUCUUUAAAUGCCAGUAAUUGUUCAAACGCUGGUCUGUAAAUAAAACAUGACCUUAAUAUUUUAGAAAAUGUAAACUUUGGACCUUUACCAAUAUAUUUUUUUAAAAUGUUGCUUCAUUUUACAUUCAGUAAUAUUAGUUUGUAAACAAACUAUACAUUUUGUACCUGUGCAACAUCAGAGGAUGUGUAUUCAUUACAUUUUAUUGGUUCUCUUGAGGAACAUGAUAAAUGACCAUUGUUAAAAUGUUUUACUGUAUAUGAUCAUAGAUAUAAAGAUAGUAGGUCCAAAAUAGGAUCUACUUUUUUUUUCUAAA